AUAUUAUCGAUUAGCUUGAAAAGACGAUAAAAUAAUGAAUGACUUGAAAGUUGUCAUUAUUAGGGGAAACCGCGAUCAAUUCUUGAAUCUCAUCUGGCAAUAAUAUCACGGUCAAUAGUAACAUUAUCAUUGAUACAGAAGAUGAUGAACUCACUCAGUAUUAUAUUCAGGUCACUUUUUCCCCUGUAUACCUUAACAGAUCCAUGGAAACCUUGAGUUAAAGUCUAAACAAAAAAUAUUUUCUAUCAAGAUUGAAAUGAAUGUUAUUGUGAUGUAAUCAGACUAUAAUAAUGAUCAAAAAUAUUGAAUGAAACAAGAGUAUAUUUCAAGAUCAACAAAUUAUCAUCACCAUGCUAUCCAAGGAUACAGUUUCCAUCGGACGUUGUUAAAGGUGUUCAAGUGUGUGUGUUAAUGGAUAUUUAAGGGUUAAGUAAUAUGUUCCUAAAGGAUUGUAUCUCAACAAUUUGUUUCAUUGUUUUCACCAUUCCAAGGUUAACUCAAUGCAAAAUAAUUGAAGGUGAACUCGUUUCUCAUGAGAAUUGGGCAUUUCUUACUCGCUUCUGUUUCCUAUCUAAAUCAGGACGAUUCAAUUACGAGAUAACUUAUCCAUAUGAUUAUCAAGUUCAAAAUUUGCUUCUUUACUAUGAUUCUCGUCGUCAAUGGCCAUCAGUUUACAAAACACCAACAACUUGUGAGGAAAAGGAAGGCGUUUUGUCCAUGGAAAAUGGUCAAGUUAUCAAUUUAACCUCUGAAUAUGUUUAUUCCAAUUGCCAUUUACAAGAGAUUUUUGAUGAGAAUACAAAUGAAACUACAAAAUUUUAUAGAUGUUCACAUUACAGAGUCUUCCAAUCGGCCAGGGAACGCUGGUGGUUCAUUGCAGUCAGCAAUUGUCAAUCUAAAAAGGGCCUUAAGAUUACAUAUCGUAUAACCAUGACAAACGAUGACCACAAUCCGCUGUUGAAACACUUUUCAGCUGAUCAAUUCUAUAUUCUGCAUACAGAUGUGGUAUUCACAGUUCUCUAUCUCAUUCUACUGAUAGCCUCAAUAUUUGAAGCAUAUGCUUUGUACACUCGUCAUCUCUUUCACAUAACAUACAAAUAUUACCUUACUUCAUUGACUUUACAAUUUUCAUCUUUAGUCUUUCUUUCAACUUAUUAUAUUAUUCUUGCUGAUCGAGGCUAUUCACACGAGGUUUUAAAGUUAAUCGGUAAACUAUUGGAAUCAGCAUCAACAUCUCUAUUUUUACUGCUCUUGAUACUUUUAGCCAAAGGUUAUACAAUUACUCGAGCUCGAUUGAAGAAGCAAACAUCAACUAAAAUCAGUUUAUUUAUGACUUUGCAUACUACAACAUAUAUUGCGAUAUUUUUUUAUGAACAAAUGUUUUUUGAUCCUGGUGAAGUCCUUUACAUGUACGAAAGUUGGCCUGGUUAUGGUAUCAUUUUUUUAAGGAUUUUAGGAUGGUUUUGGUUUGUUUAUUCAAUUGUGUUUACCUUGAUGCAUUAUCCAUCAAAAUCAUCAUUCCUGACAAAACUCUUCCUUCUUUAUAGUGUUUGGUUUAUAUCAGCUCCUGUAGUCAUACUUAUAUCCACUUUCGUUGUCCCCAAAUGGAUGAGGGAAAAGAUCAUCAAUGCUGUUGAGCUUUUCAUUGCUAUGCAUGCUCAUCUGGUAUUUUUUAUAUUAACCCGCCCAUCAAAAGCUAACAGGAACUUUCCAUUCCAUGUUCGUACAACUCAGAUUGAUGUAAUGGCCAAAAAUGGUGAAGCUGGUGGUGAGACUCUGGACAGAUUUACUCAUUACUCCUAUGCACCAUCGCGUUCGAAUUUCACCGUUAAAAAUAAUAAUAGACCAGUUUUCUCAGUUACCUCAGCUAAUACCACUAAUGGAGAUAGUGGAAUAGUCAACGGAACUUUUCCUGGAUCGACCAAUAUAUUACUUUUCUCAACCACAGGAACAUUGAGUGGUAUCUACACAAGUGAUUUAAGUUUGGUUGAAAGACAAGAUAAUGGUUAUACUGGUUUACCUGCGGUUGAUGCUGGAGGCAACCCUUGACAUCAACUUGAAAGAAAAGCACUUUAUUUUGUGAUUCUGUGUGUAUUUUAGUGAUUGAUUUUUACAGUUCAAAAAAUAUUUACCAAUAAUUGGAAAAAAGUAAUCAUACAAUUGUAAUAACGAAAAAUAUUUCAAUUGAAAGGAUCUCAAUAAACUCAAUCUCUUUUCGGCAAUCGUCAAAAUUUAAA